AUGGGCGACAACGUCCUCGCAAUGCUGAAUAGCGACCCUAUGCGACUCUAUCGCGCAAAACGAGACGAGGCACACCGCUCGGUCGCAUCAAAGUACACUAUCCUCGGCUUCAUCUCCUCCGGCACUUACGGCCGCGUCUACAAAGCGGCCUCUCGGACCGGCGACGACUUGAACAGGCUUUACGCCAUCAAAAAGUUCAAGCCGGACAAGGAGGGCGACGUAUUGACUUAUACGGGGAUAAGCCAGAGCGCUAUUCGCGAAAUUGCGCUCAAUAGGGAGAUAUUGCACGUGAACGUCGUGGCGCUCAAGGAGGUGAUAUUGGAAGACAAGUCGAUUUAUAUGGUUUUUGAGUAUGCCGAGCACGACUUCCUCCAACUGAUCCACCACUACUCGCAAACGCUGCGAACGAGUAUACCCGUCGGCGUACUCAAGAGCACGACAUACCAACUUCUAUCCGGCUUACUAUAUCUCCACGCGUCACAUAUCCUACAUCGCGACCUCAAACCAGCCAAUAUCCUGAUCAACUCUGCUGGGACCGUCAAGAUCGGCGACCUCGGCCUUGCCCGUCUUGCGCGCGCACCACUCGCACCCUUAUACGCCGGCGACAAGGUUGUCGUAACGAUCUGGUAUCGCGCACCCGAGCUUCUUCUCGGAGCGCGACAUUACACCCGCGCCGUGGACUGCUGGGCAGUUGGCUGCGUCCUGGCCGAGCUCGCAGCCCUACGGCCCAUAUUCAAGGGCGAAGAAGCAAGACCAGACGCCGCAGCUCGCAAAGGAGCAGUGCCAUUCCAACGCGAGCAGAUGCUCCGCGUACUCGAAGUGCUCGGCAACCCCCGCGAAGAGGAAUGGCCCGGGCUUAGCCAGAUGCCGGAGUACGCCGCCCUACGGCGCCUCGAGUCCCAUCAACCGGCGCUUGACUCCUGGUGCGCCCAACGUGGGCUCGCGGGGAGCGCGGCGCUUCUUCUACACGGCCUAUUCACAUGGGAUCCCGCAAGACGACUGGACUCACGCAAAGCGCUAGAGCAUAGAUGGUUCACCGAGGAGCCGAAGCCUCAGCUCAGCGUUUUUGCGAAUGUACCGGCUUCGCAGCUGCCGCCGGCGAGGAGGGUGUCGCAGGAAGAUGCCCCGGGGUUGGUCAAUCCGCCGAUGGCGCCUGUUCCUGCUACUCAGAGUACGGCGGGGUCUGCGUUUGGUGUGCUUACUGGAGGGCACGCUGUGCAUUCGAGGAAGAAGGCUAGACUGAAUUGA